CAGUGUUUGCACAUCGCACUUGGGAGCUUCUUCGAGCAUGAAGCUGUGAGUUCCGCGGUGGCAUCAAUGGAGGACUCACAAAAACUGUCACAGUUUCACGAAACCGGCGUUUACCACUUCGACGAUUCAAACGCCGUCGUGUUCGUGGAUCCCGUCCGCGUUCUCAACCGUUCCUACAACCGCUUCACGGUUUCUCCCUCAACCUACUAUCCCCGUUUCUUCGAAUCCCCAAACCCUAAACCUCUCUCCACCGUCGCCACAUCUUCCUCCCCCACAAAACGACACCGUAACCGGAAACGCAAACGGAGUUCCAAACAACCUCCACCUCUCAACCACAGAGAACGCAUUGCGCUACAGCGUCACCAGGAAGCGAGGCCUUUGUUGUUGAAGGCGCAUGAGUGUUUGCUGAAAUCAAUCAGGCUUUUGGGUGCUAUGAGCACUUUGAGAAGUGAUUCUAGUUGCUUGAAAGAGUGUUUGAGUGGUCAACACUCCAAACACUCUUUCGUUGAACUGGGAGAGCUCAUACCCUCGCUUGAGGUAACACUGAAUUUACGCCUCGGUGAUUCUGAUACUGACCCUCACCAGAAGCUAAAUGACUUGGAAGAUUCCCCAAGUGUGCAGUGCUAUGAACAGAGGGUGCUUCCCGCAUUCAAUAAUUUGGUUGCUAAUGACACCAAGGAUGACGCGGUGGCUGAAAUUUUGAGCAAUAAUUAUAUCAUGCCCCGGGAGAGUUGUUUUUACAUGUCUGAUCUGGGACAGAUUCGCAAUCUAAUUCCUGCUCAUGCUGAUUCUGGUUUCAACCUCAUAGUGGUGGAUCCACCGUGGGAAAAUGCUAGUGCCCACCAGAAAUCAAGGUACCCAACCUUGCCCAACAGAUACUUUUUAUCCCUUCCUAUCAAGCAACUUACUCACACAGAUGGAGCACUUGUAGCCUUGUGGGUGACCAACAGAGAGAAGUUACGCAAUUUCGUUGAAACAGAGCUUUUUACUGCAUGGGGAGUCAGCUAUGCUGCCAACUUUUAUUGGUUAAAGGUGAAAGCAAAUGGAUCAUUGAUCAGUGAUUUAGAUCUCUUCCAUCAUAGGCCGUAUGAAAGCCUUAUCUUGGGAUACAGCCCUGGAAAGGUAGAAAAUUCUGAUAACCAAUCAAAAUUCAAACCAUUGAAGGAUGAUCAUGUGAUUAUGAGCAUUCCUGGAGAUUACUCAAGGAAACCCCCAAUUGAAGAUUUAUUACGAGACUACGUUCCUGGGCUCAAGCAUCCCCGAUGUAUUGAGCUAUUUGCUAGAGAAGUUAUGGCUGAAUGGGUUGCUUGGGGAAAUGAACCACUUCACUUUCAAGAUUCCAGAUAUUUUUGUCAAAAAGAUGGAUAGAUGAUUCCUUAAAAGUGAGAUUGCUCCUUGAUAAUCUACGGUCAUGUCUGAAUUUGUAUCGUCUAUUUUAAAUGUUAACUUUCUUCCCCUUUGUUUCUAAUUUUAACUUCGCAUGAUUAUUGGUUGAUUUCUUCUGGCUGUCAACCAUUUGGGGGUUGCUUUUAUCAACAUCCCCACACCUACUGUUACCACCCUCUCGAAUUUAACUUUUCUAAAUUGCCCCAAAGAGUACACACAACCUUCUCUCAUCUAUUUUAUAUUCUGGAAAUGUAAUUUUGAAAUUUACAUUAUAUGCCUAUCUACAAUGUUGACCUCUUACAUCUAUAUGAAUUUAUAGAGAAUGUAGAUUUGUAGUCUGUUCAGAGUGAACAGUCAUUUCUUUUGCCUAUCACAUUUUGAGGAUUGCUGUCACAUUUUGAGGAUUGCUGUCACAUUUUGUCCUAGUAGUAUUUGCCUAUUUGGUA